CUUUGCUUGUUUUGGCUUGUACCAGCUUGACUUUUCUUGAAUUGUUAGUAGUUAUAGGGAAGUUGUUAUUUGUGUGUAUUUAAAAAAAGAAGAGUUGCAUCGCGUAUUUAUAAAUUUAAAAAGUUUCAACAAGUGACUGUUCGCGCCAUUUAUUUUAUCAACGACCCCGUGGGUUUUCACCUAAUUCUGGAUUUAUUCUAGUGUGAGUGUAACGUGCAAUAACUUUUUAUCACUUUUAGUAGUGUGCGUGGGCGUUCCACUGCACAUUGCAUUCUUGUGUAUGUUUGUCUCGACUGCAAAUUUGAUUGCAGUGACCUACUUGGGUUUUCGAUGAUAAAUUAUUUAUGCAAUGUCGCGUCACGUUUAACCUGCAUGUAAAAUUGUAAAUAUAAACAGUGAAAUCGAAACGUGUGUCUCGCACAUACCGUCAACCGUUAUUUUUUCAAACAAAAUGUUUUGAAUUGUCGCCGAGUGGUGAAAAGUGUGCUUUUCGCAUUAGUGAUUAAGAACUGUCAUCUUUGUGGGAGAAAAUGAUGCGAAGGCCUCCUUUGAGGACUUAUGACAGAAAGAACAAUGGCAAACUCAAUUUCUCAACUUACCAAAAACCUGCACUCAAUUUUAUUGCCGUGGAAAGGGAGGCGUCAAAGAAGAAGGAAUUUGUCGACGACUCACUCGAAGAUCCUUUUGAUACGACUUUUGAUCGACUCUUGAAACAGGCCAAAAAUCAGCCGCCAAAACAACCACCGAAUCUGGGACUCUCCUACAUCAACUCGAGUUCAGAAGGGAGUUACAUCCAAACUCCUGCUAGGCCGAAAAUCUUGACUUCGGAAUCCGAAGAAGAUUUGAAACUGCCAACCCCGAAAAAGAAGCCAAGGUUAAAAAAGUCAGGCUCAAAGCCUGUUAAAUCCAAGACAAAGACAAUAAAGUCAUCCAAAUUAGUAAAAGAGAAAGCUGCAGUUGACGACGGUGAUAAGGUGAAAACCUCCACCAAACCUAGUAGAAAAAAGACUGAUGAGGAAAAUUUAAAACCACCAACCAAGAGAAAAAGAAGAAGAAUCAGCAGUUCUUCAGAAGACAGUCCAACUGAUUUGGUUUUGGAUAAAAGAAAUAGUAUUUUAGAAUCUAGUUCCGAGGACGAACCCAGGAUUCCCAGUAAUUUAGCAGAUUUCUCAUUCACUCAAUCCCCCGAGAUUAUCAAAUCUUUGCCUAAUAUUGCCGAUGACAAUGAGCCUGAUAAUAUUGAGAAUGUUGAAAAUUACAUUUCAAACACGGAGAAACUUGAUAAAAGAAGUAACGAAUUCUCACCCAAGUCAAGUUUUCACUCUGAAGAAAGUGUUUCUACUCAAAAAGAUUUUUAUUCCAGCAAGACUGAUUCUGUGAUAAGUUCGAAAAUAGUGUUCCAUAAGAGUCUAAAAGAGUGCUCUGUUGUAGUAAAACGAUGCGAUUCGAUGAUCAGGAAAAAAAAAGGUUUGUUCAACUUAAAACCUUGUUCAGUUAAAAUUCCUCGCCUCGACAUAAAAUCUAAAAGGAAAGUCAAGGCCUUGAUUAGUAAAGUUCUCGAAAGAAAAAGUAAAGACGAAACAGAACUGGAAAAAGUAGUAGAGAAUGAAAUUGUUCUUACAAAUAAUAUUUCCAUCAAAGAAACUAGUUCAAGAAAAUCAUUGCUGGAAGGAAUAUUUGAUAUGAAAUCCCAAUUAAGCGAAAGUCUGCCCCUUAAGGACUGCGUCGUUAAAUUAACUCGCAUAAACCCCCCGAGAAAUUCCUUUCCGGGAACCUUAUAUAGUAGCACUCCCUUCGUGAGAAGGAAGAAUGAUAAUCUCAUAUUGGAAGGAUUUUCACCUAUAGCAAUGGAGAUAAGCAACAUUGCAGCUGUGUCUGAAUCUUUUCGAACCCCACCGUCUGAAAUUGAAUCCACCGUCGUCACAUCGAGAAAAGUUAGCGAACCUCGUCUACAAUUGGAAGAUAUCAAUUCCAAUAAUAAUAAUAAUAAUAAUCAUCACAGUAAUCCUCCUCCCACACCUUUCGAGUUUAAUUCUGAAAUUUUGAAUGCUAGUUCCGAUUAUUCCGCAAUCGACUGGACGACUGUUAGCUUGAGUGAUUCUCAAUGUAUCAAAUUUAGAGAAGAAUUACAAACUCCUGUACCUGCAAACAAAACUGAUGAAGACUUGUCAGCGACUGUACCACUAUCAGUCAGUAAAGAUUUCGAGCCGAUUACGAAGCCAUUUGAUUUUGUCGCCGAGAGGAAUUUAAAUUUGAUUCCAGAAUAUGAAAAAUCCGCCUCGCUCUUUGACGACACGAUGAUUUCUGAAAUCCAAUACACGCGAGAGAAAAAAAGUCCAUUAAAAAUUGAUGAAAAGAGUUUAGAACUUUCGCCGAUGAUGCCAUCCCUUACAAAAAUGUCGCCUUUAAAGGAUGUAUUUGCGAUGGACUCGUCGUCGAUAUUAAAUCAAAGUGAUUUCAAGGGCUUUGAGAGUCCAACUAUGAGGAAACUUUCACCCAUGACUGCGAUUCCCGCGAGUAUCGUUAAUUCUCUCUCUUAUGAAGACACGGACAAAAGUUUCAUUCUGGAAAGUGAAAAAGGCAAACACAUUCGAUCGCUGGCGUUCGAGAAGAGAUUGUCAGGUGGGCCAAGUCCAAGAAAGUGUCUCAAUUUUGAAGAGGAGCCGAAAAUUUGUGACGAGAAUUUUAUUUCUCUGGGUAAGGAUUCUUUUGGUCAGGAGUCUUUCAGCAAGGAAUCUAUCAACUCAGAAUCUUUUACCAAGGAAUCUAUUAAAGAUUCUCUCAUUGAAUCUUUUGAUCCAGAUUCAUUUAGUCAAAACUCUAGACAAAAUUUGCUCAGUGAAGAGUCAACAAACAAAGAUUCUUUCUCUCAAGAAUCUAUAUCUGAAGUAAGUAUCACCUGUGAUUCUGAGACUAAACUUGGUAGCAAAUUAGAAUUGGCUGAUUCGACUAGCGAAUCUUCUUACAAAUUAGAAGUUUCCCAACCUUCCGUGCGAAGUGCAAGUAUCCUCUUGGAAGAUGAAAAGGGCGAAAUAAAAGAAGAAAGUGAAAAGACUGUUGAAGAAAAUGCUGAGGAAAUUCUUGAGGGAAACGAAGAAGAAAUUUCCGAGGAGAAAGAAGAAGAAAUUGCUGAAAACGAGGCUGUGAUCACUAGUGAAAUUAAUUUCAGAGAGUCGAUUGGCUCUUUGAAUCGACUGAAAGAUCCGAUUAGAAUAACUCAUCAGAGGAAGAGGUAUAAGAAUUGGGGAAUGCAACUGACGGCAAUUACCGAAAACGUAAGCAGAAGAUGUAGUGAAAAUGAAGCUGAGAUUUGUCCCCUGGUGGAAAAAGUUGAGGUUGAUCCAAUUCUGGAACAUACCGUUUCUGUGACGAAUAAUGCUUCUUUGAAUAAUGGUAAGGAUGAAGAUGUACCGGAACAACAUUUGUUCUUGAAACCUGGCAAGUCUUGGGCGAGAUCAUUGUCGAUUUUAAAUAAUAUUCACUCCAGAGAUGAUAUGGAUAGACUCUCUGUUGGGAAAGGAAAAAAAUGGAGGAACAGUGUCAUUUCUAUCCUCGAUAUGCAAAGUAAAGGAAUCCUACAAAGUUGCGUGAAGCAACAGGAUGAUCCGAGAACGCCACAGAAAUGUGGUGGCGGCGCACUGUCGCUGAAUGGAAAUUCCGAAUACGAAUCACGAGUCGACAGACUGAGCACUUUCGGAUCCAUCAGUCCUAACCGAUUCGUGAAGCGGAUCUCCAUUCGUGUUGUACCUGACGUCAAAAAAUUAGACGGUGUUGAAGACACUCAGUUUUUAGAAGCUUACGGAAUUUCGUCAAAUCAACCCAUUAAAACGGUUCCUCCGUGUUUUUCGAGUUUGGAAGAGGACCGUAAGUUUGUAGAAUCCCAAGAGACUCUGCUUCACAGUAAUAUUCAGUUUGAGGAAUCAGUCAUAAAAACCACCGACACGCCACCCCUCGUAACUGCCAAAGACGUUGUUUUGGAAAGAUGUCGUCAGGAUGAUUAUUUGCCCUUCGAUGAAUGCUACUCAGAAAAAUUUUUACAACACUGUCGAAAAAUUGGAGAAGGCGUUUAUGGGGAAGUGUUUCUUCAUGACAACGGAUCUGAUAAUUCCGUUAUCAAGAUUAUUCCCAUUGAAGGUGACGUGAAUGUAAAUGGAGAACCCCAGAAAAAGUUCCACGAGAUUCUUUCCGAGAUUGUUAUAGCAAAGGAACUUCAUGAUCUGAGAUUUGGUGAAAAAAACAAUACAGCUGGCUUUGUUGAAGUGAAAAGUAUAAAAUGCAUUAUAGGGAGGUAUCCUGCGAAAUUAGUUGAACUCUGGAAGGUCUAUGACGACGAGAAAAAAUCUGAAAACGAUUGUCCUUCCAUGUUUGAUGAAAAUCAAUUGUACAUAUCCUUGGAACUUGGACAUGGCGGGCAGGACCUGGAGGCUUUCGUUUUUCAAAAUGCCAGCGAAUCUUAUGCAGUUUUUCUUCAGACUGCCUUCGCAUUGGCUGUCGCUGAACAAAGUCUCGAGUUUGAGCACCGAGACUUGCACUGGGGCAAUGUGUUAAUAUCAAGGUCUAGAAAAUCUCAAGUAUCGUACAAACUUGAUGACCAGGAAAUAUGUUUUCCUUCUAGUGGUGUAAAGGUCGCAAUUAUUGACUUUACGCUAUCACGUAUGUCUUAUCAAAACUGCUGCAUUUUCAACGAUUUGGCUUUAGAUCCCGCCUUGUUUACCGCCGAAGGCGAAUAUCAGUUUGAGAUUUAUAGAUUGAUGAGAGACAAAACAGAAAAUCAGUGGCAAAGGUUUGAACCCUUUACAAACGUACUUUGGUUACAUUACACCGUGGAUAAAAUGAUCAACUUGGUCCGUUAUAAGAAGAAAACGACAAAGAUUCACAAAGCAGCAAUCGAACAACUAAAGGAGCUCAAGGAUCAGAUUUUAAACUACGAUAGUGCCUUUGAUUUAAUAAGAAAUUGUGACAAGUUCGCGAGUCUUUACGACCUGAAUACUUCAGGUCUUUCUCCCUUCUAAAUGGAUCUUUAGAAAAAUAUUAUUACUAUAUUAUUAUUAUUAUUAUUAUUAUUAUUAUUUUAUUAAGGCCUAGAUUUGAAUACCCUUCCAGAUGGUUCGGUGUCAAACAGAUGUUAAGAAUUUACUGAUUAUUGUAAAUAGUGUAAAAAGAUUCCGUGAAUACUAGUUUGUAGAUGAUAGUUUGGGACAUCUCCACAGGCGCAUUCCAAUUUACGAAAGCUCAAAUCUAGUUGAAGAAUUGGAUUACAAAAAAAAAGUAUUGACAUUAGAUUGUACUUAUUGGAAAAUUACAAGUGCCAAAGUAUCAUUUUUUGGAUUAUAUGUUGUUUUUUUAUCUCUAGAGAAAAAAUAAAACUGUAUUUUCGAGAGAGAAU